AUGGAGCGGCUUGAUAAGCAGGCUCUCCCUCCUCCUGCUGCUUCCGCGUGUUCGUGUUGCAGGAGCCACUUCCUCGAGCCGGCAUCGAAGAUGGACAACGAGGGCCUCCCGAGAGACGUGGCCGCACUCAUCAGAGAGAUGGACAACUUCCUGAGGGCGAUCGCCGACGAGAAGAUGGACGUGAAGACGAAGGCGCUCAAGAUAUCGCUGCAGAAAAGCGUGCGGCUCUGCCGAGAUCAGUACCGACUGGACCUGACUCACCGUGACGAGGAGGAUGAGGAGGAGGACGAGGACAUGUACGACGACGCGUGCGGGACCACGUGGGCACACGACCUCGCUCCGUCGCCGCCGCUCACGUGGAAGAACAAAAGCGUCGCUCCCGCGGUCGGUGCUCCCAGCCAUGAAAACACCAUCAAGGAAGGAUAUUUGGAAGUGAAGAAGAGAGACGCAGGCCGCGUGGUCGUGGACCAAGCGCUGAACGCUUUCUGUGUCCUCACCGCACGGGAGCUGCGUUUGUACGGCGACAAGAAAGACAAAAAGCUGCGCUGCUCGGUGUCGCUGGCUUGCUGCCAGGUGAAGCAGCGUGAGGAUUGUCACCAGGAGCGCUGCUGCUUUCAGCUGGUGGCACGGGACAAGACGUCGCACGAGUUCACGGCGGCUUCGGUGAAGGAGGCCGACAGCUGGGUGGAGGCCAUACAGAAGAUGACCGGAGACUGGGACGUGUAUUACAGAGACGUCUACCAGGGCCUGUGGGACUGCAAGGCCGACGCGGCGGACGAACUCUCCUUCCGCCGGGGCGACCUCGUCCACAUCGUGAGCAAGGACUACGAGAAGUGGCAGUGGUGGGUGGGCGAGCUCGACGGCAAAGUGGGGCUCGUGCCGCGGGCGUUCCUCGCCGCGGCGUACGAGAUGUGACGCGCGCGCCACUCGGGAGAGACGUCACGUGGUCAUGGAGACUCACAACCACCAGCAGAGCCGGCCACAGGAGCACGGGGAAACUCACCCACUGUGUGCCCCCCCCCCCCACCCCCACAACUCUACCCGAUGCCUUCAAACUAAACCGAAAGUGUUACACUUGACACCGUGACGUCAAAGCGCCCCGUCCCCCCAAAGCGCGGGGCCCGGGGCGUAACCCCUAGAGACGGCUCUGACAACCACCUUUCCUUGCUUUAACCACCAAAUCAUUACGAUAACCACCAUCCCUAUAUCUGACCACCAACCAGAACUGCAAGCACGAACCUAAAUUCCAACCACGCACUUACACACAGACGUAUACAUUCACACAGAGACCCACAAACUUACAGAGAGACCCAUAAACUCACAGAGAGCCCCACAGACUCGCACAGAGACCCAUAAACUCAUAGAGAGACACAUAGACUCACACAGCAGAGACCCAUAGACUCACACAGAGACCCAUAGACUCACACAGCAGAGACCCAUAGACUCACACAGAGACCCACAGACUCACACAGCGACCCACAAAC